GAACUAGCUAGAAGCUAUCAAUUCAGAUUGAAAUGGAUUAUGAUCCAUCGGAUGAGAGAAAGGCUAUUGAUGAUACAAAAGUUGGUGUUAAGGGACUAGUUGACUCUGGAAUAGACGAGAUUCCAAGACUUUUCAUUAGGCCACCUCAUGAACUUGCUGAUGAGUUGAAUAUGUGCAAGUCAACUCUACAGGUUCCAGUCGUGGAUCUAAGUGGCAUAGAGGUUGAAGAUCGGCGUAAGAAGAUUGUUGAUGAAAUAAGGGAAGCAUCUGAGAAAUGGGGAUUUUUCCAACUGAUAAAUCAUGGGAUUCCUUCAAGUAGUUUGGAAGGAAUGAUCGAUGGGACUCAUAAAUCUCAUGAACAAGAUGUUGAAGUGAAGAAAGAGUACUAUUCGUCUGAUCCAACAGCCAGAAGACUUGAUCAGGUCCCAAUUGCGCCUUUGGGGAAUACUUCAACAAGAUGGGUCUUUGCUUGUGUUCUUGAGAGUUUUCAAGAUGAAAAAACUAAGGUUGUGUCUAUUGAACAUAACCUUUAUGAAUAA